AGAUUAUGAGAAGGUGCACCGCCGCGGCCAUCAACAACAAGGCUCAGCUGCUGGAGUGAGGACCUCUGUGUUAUUUCCCGUCUGCUGCUCGCCCACUGCCUCCAAACGCUCCGUGGCGCCUAUGCAUGGACCAUAACUAUGAAUUCUCUGCGAAGGUGGUUCUACAGGCCCCGGAAAGAUGACCGCUCCCUCAUGGCACAGUUUUACUUUGCCGAUGAGGAGCUCAACCUUGUGGCGGCAGAGCUGGACAGCUUUGAUGGCCGCAAGGACCCGGAGCGGUGCACUGCUCUUGUCAACCAGCUGAGGCACUGUCAGGACAGGGUACUCAACAUCUGCAUAGAGAUGAUGGAUGAAGUGAUCCCCAGCGAACGUGCUGCAAGAGACUUCCGUGUCAAGUUUCCUGAUGAUGUGAUGCAGGAGAACCUAGCUGGUCAACUGUGGUUUGGAGCUGAGUGCCUUGCAGCCGGAAGCAGCAUCAUGAACAGGGAGGCAGAGAGCUCUCAGAUGAGACCACUUGCCAAGGCUGUUACCAAAACCAUCGAAACAGUCAGGAAUUUACUACGGGAACAGUGCCUCAAGCCAGUGCCUGAAUACACAGAGAAGAUCAGAGAAAGCCUCAAGAUCUUUGACCGCUUGUUUGCUGAAUUUGAGCUGAACUACGUGAGUGCAAUGGUCCCUGUGAAGAGUGUGGAGGAGCAUGAUGUGCAGCAGAGUGUGGUGGUGCUGUUCUCAGAGACUGUCCAGAGAGCAUUGAAGUUAGGCCUUGCGACUCAAGACCAGGUAGAUGACUAUGACCCGGCCCUCAUGUUCACUAUCCCUCGCUUGGCCAUUGUAGCCGGGCUGGUCAUGUUUCCUGAUGGCCCCCUCAACCUUGACCGUGAGCCACGCUCCCUCUCAGAGCUCUUCCGGCCCUUCAGGACUCUGCUGACCAAGAUCCGUGAGUUGCUGUGGACCAUGACAUGUGCUGAGUUAGCAGCUCUGGAGAAAGCCCUUUGUUCCAUGGAUGAGCCUGAUCCUACUGCUGCUCCAACAUUGGCUGCUGAAACACCACCCAGCUCUGCCUAUGGCCGUGCUGCCUUCACCUCAGAUUUUGUUCAGAAGUUUUAUGCAAAUCAUCCUUCAUGUCGGAUGGUUCCUCCUGAGCUGGGUUCUCUCGGUGCCCCAAGCAAGAAAUCCCAUGACCAUCGCAAGCGAGAGCGCACUGGUAAGAGCCGGAGCUCCCGCACUCGUGCCCGACAAGAGCGUCAGAGUGAGAGAUUUCUUGCCCGGCUCACUGCAUCAGGAGAGGACAGACCCCGUGCCAGGCGCAGGAGCCGCCGCCACCACCACCACCCACGUCCCCACCAGCCCCGUCACUCACAGCCUCCCCCUCUUCAUGACAGUGACAGUGGAGAUGAGGCUCGCCACCAUCCUGCUCGCAUUCCCCCUCCCCCUCCGCUCCCACACUCUCAGGAUCAUGCACAUUCUCAUCACCCUCAUUCCCAGCAGCAGCCCAUGACCAGAAUCAAGACUAUUGCCUGUUCCUGUGGCUCCAUUCCUCCAGAAGCUGCCCAGACCUCUUACUUGCCCAGUCCUGGCCAUUCUGCUCAAUCCCAGACUGACACUGCCACUACCUGUGAUACUUCCUGUGAUAGCACCUCAGUCCCUGGCCUUGAGGCUCGGUGUCCCUGUCCUUCCUCAGACCCCAGUGAUGUGACAGUGGAGGCAGAAACCUUGGUGCAGGCAACAGCCCAUCUCUGCCUUGCUGAAGAUGAAGAACACGAGAGGCCAGGCAGGAGUGAAGGCCUCAGUCCUGUGCCAGAGGCCUGUGUUGCAUCCAAUGAUGCAAGCCAUUGUAAAUAUUCAAGGGAAGACAGACAAGUUCAAGGGGAGUCCUGUGAGAAAGCUGGGGGUGCUGAUAGCAAACUGCACAAGGAGGAGAGCCCUGGCACUCCUCAGCGAACUGCUGGCCCUCACACUCCGGAGAGUGGUCGCUGCUCCAGUGGCUCCACGUCACCUUACAACUCUGGUGCUGAGGAUGAUGAGGAGGUGGCCCUUGCCCUCCAGGCUGCUGAGGUGGCAGCAACAUGGAGGGCCCGUGCCAGGUUCACUGACACACAAGACCUUAUCCACCGCCUGUUUGUGUGUAUCUCUGGUGUGGCAGACCAGCUCCAGACCAACUAUGCCAGCGACCUCAGGAAGAUUUUGAAGUGUGUGUUCUUAAUCAACCAGAGCCCCCUAGAGGAACCCCCACCACCACCCAAGAGUCUGCACUGCCCUGAGGAGAAUGAGGAGGAAGAGGAGGAGGAGGAGGAGGAGGAGGAGGAAAGACAUAAUUGGUCUGCCUCCUCACCAGUGCAUUCCUAUGGUGAAGAGGAGGAAGGCAUGGAAGGCCAUUCUCUUGAGGGCAAUGACUCAGAACGACUCAGUGUGGAGAGUGCAGAAGAUGCCCUUGUGGUGAUAGGAAGCCCUGAACGCCACCACACUGCCACCAGCACCACCUCUCUCUCUUCCCCUUCAGACCACUAUCAUGACCACCAUCCAGAGGAGUACUCUCCCCACUCCUCACCACCACUGUCACCAUCUUCAUCACUUCCCCUUCUUCCUCCUCUACCUCCACCACCACCUCCCCCUCAUCACUCUUCCAUGGACACAGCAGCAGACUAUGACACCACCCCUCCUUCUCCUUCCCUCUCUUCCUUCCCACCUCCGCAAUAUUUCUCGCACCGCCACCACCACCCUAACCAUCACCUUCUUAGUCAUCUUCCUCCCCCCACCUCCCCAACAGACAUUCCCUCUCUCUCAGCCAACCCUGAGGCUAUGGUGAGCCAGGCUGCCUCUCCUCCUCUUGUGUGUCCCCCUUCAGUCCAAGUGCCUGCCGCCAUAUUCAACGACCACGCUCUCAUGCAGUUCUCCGAGGUAACGCAAGCCUCCAUUCCCCCUAAUGUGGAGCUGCUGCCCCCAGCCCAGGUCCAGUAUGCUGAGUCCUUUGGGGUCAUUCCAGAACCCUUCUCCAGGUCUGCCCAGGAACAGCAGUUGAUUGGCGAGGGUGGUCCUCUUGGGGAGCGGGAGUCUGGGAGGCGUCGAGGACCCAGAGUGCAGGAGCCUCCUUGGGUACCCGAUCAGCAAGCCCCACGAUGCAUGGCCUGUGGUGCUUCCUUCACCAUGGUGCGACGGAGACACCACUGUCGUAAUUGUGGCAAGGUGUUCUGUGCUCAGUGCAGCCAACAUGCUGUUCCAUUGCCUCACUAUGGCAUCUGGAAGGCAGUGAGAGUUUGUAAUGUCUGUUUUCUGUACUAUGUGACCUUCACCACUGACUCCACUACUACCACCACCUCCUCCUCUUGACCCCUCCAUCCAGGAAGCAACCACCACCUGCCCUGGUACUACCUUUACUGAGGGAGGAGCUGGUGGUAGUGACUGGUUUGUUGAUAAAAAGAAACACAUCGUCUUUCUUUUGUUUUCAUGAAGGAAAGAAACAUGUAACAGGACAAUAGUUAUGAAUUUCUGUUAGUCAAGGGUAAUUAUGCAAUCUUUUAAGAAUUAUCAUUUGUAUUAUAGUAAGUGGUGUUGCAUAACAGACUAGCCAUUACCUGCUCCUGUAGCUGUAGUAACACUGUGAUAAAGUCUGAGAAACCUCCUUGCUACCACUCCACCUUCCUUCCUUAAAAGUUGUCUAGUGCUGCUGGGAAAAUGCCAUGAAAAUCACAAAAAAUAGGUUACAAUAACUUUCCACACCUCUCAUGAAUCACCCAGGCCUGCACACAAGCCUACCAUACACCUGAGAAAGUUUAAUUAAUGUAUGUAUGUACAUAAUACUUUUAUGAUUUUAUGAAUCUAAAGAAGAAUCAGUGAAGAAAGUUUUUUUUCUUUACAUUUUCUCAUACUUGUAUCCUGCUUUAUAAUUCAAAGCUUUCAUUUGGCACAUUUUGCAUGCUGUGUAUAGCUGCUCCAUACUCAAUGUCAAAUACAUUCCAGGAAAACACAAUUACUUAAUUUGUAAUACACAUUUUAUUGUAGACAAAAUUGCAACUUUCAUACAACAAUUUGAGAAUCACACAAAGGUAACAAGUAAUGAUGAGAUUACCCGCCCGGAUAGGAGUAUAUGUUGAAUAGUUUGAGUGAAGUGAAGAUGGUGGUGACAUGAGUGACCUUGGCAAGACAAGGCAGAACAGCAUAGCCAUUACUUAUGUUUUGUAUGCCACAUUUCUAUACAUUAAUCAUAUGUAUGUCAUUUUUACAAGCUAUGUCAGGCAAAUUUAGUCCUUUUUACUUUGUAUUUAUGUUCUACCUUUCUUUUAAGUGGACUAACUUACAAUUAUGCUGACACACACACACACACACACACACACACACACACACACACACACACACACACACACACACACACUCUCUCUCUCUCUCUCUCUCUCUCUCUCUCUCUCUCUCUCUCUCUCUCUCUCUCUCUCUCUCUCUCUCUCUCUCUCUCUCUCUCUCUCUCUCUCAUGCACACAAAUACUAGCAUAUCAGUGGUGUGUGUGUUACGCAUGGUGGUUAUAAAGCUUAGUGGCCGUAUUUCCUUUACAUCGAAGGAUUCAAUUUGUAAGGUACAGUUGUGUGAAAAAAGAAAAUAGAAUAACAAUACAAGUAAUUUUAUAGAAUUCAAAGCCAUGUCCACCAGUAGGUAGUAAAAUCAGCUCUUUCCACAGCUGGAGAGGUUUUAUGGCACAGAUAUUGCAAUAUUGGUGGUCUCACAGGGAUCAAGCACUGCCUUUUCACCUUGCAAUUACAUAAACUCCACUUCUCUUUUCAGGUGUUCUGUGCUCAGUGCAAAGAAAUUUGACUUCAAUCUCUCUUUAAACAACAGUGAUGAAAUUUAUGAGCUUAUUAACUUUUCUAUGUGGCUCUCAUGCAUUACAGACAUAUAUUUGAUUUAAGACCUGCCACUAUUGAUGAGGCAAGAUGUAAAAGAAUACAUUUGAGGAUGUCACUGUUAUAACACUAAAAAAGCAUGUAGUAGUUCUAGUUUCCACCACAGAGAUGAGUUAAGUCAUUGUGAAGUGUCUGUUGAGGUUUUCUCCAAGCCAGAGUAUGGAAACCAAAAUGUUAAGGUUGGUAAGAGAUUCUUGCCAGAUUGAAGUGAAAAUCUGCAGAGGAAUAUAUAUUUUUUCAAGGAAAUAGAAGGGAAUAUUUUUUUUAGCUACAUCCCAUCAUUUUGUUUUAUUUUCUGAAACAAAUUGUAGAUUGUCAAUAUAUUUUUUCUGUACUGAGAUGUUUAAGUUUUUUUUUUAGAACAAAGUUGUACAUGUUUAACUUGGUCAGUAAGAUUUCUAUUACUUUCCUGCACAAACAAAGCAGUAUCCAAGAAUGAAGAAGCAAACAUUUUUUUUCUCUUUUCGUUUAGAAUGUGUAAGUCGUACACACACUGGCAUUCACACAUCCCAAGACAUGCAUAGCCAGCCCUGGCCGCCACGUGCAGCUUCAUGAUCUGAUUGUACACUUCAACAACAGUGGUGAAACAUUGAAUGAUUUGACAUUAAGUGAGGGACAGUUUUAAUUUGUUGAACCUUUUGUUGUUAAUGAUGUCUAUUUUUAUCACAUAGUUCAUGUAUUGCUAAACAUUUAUUAUGUACAGUUUGUAUGCCUUUAGAUGUUAAUAUGUCAUUACAAGCAGUGUUUUCUGUACAGUUUCUAAGUCUCCUGUUGAUAAAUAACCAUUUGUUUUAUACAUUUUGUAAGUCUUUUUAAGAUGUCCAUAUAUCAUGCAGGCUUGAUAUUGAUUAUCCUGUUCUGUCCUGUAAAUAUUCUAACAGUGUAAUUUGGGAAGGACCUGGUUUGUCCUUCUGUAGUGUGAAUAGCAGGUGUACAUGCAUUUUUUACUGUCAACAAACAUUAGCAAAAAUCUGGGAUGAAAAGCAUUUUGCUCCUGCAAGGGCAAUUACAAAGUAUAGUAGACAAAUUUGAUGGAAUUGCCUUUUCCUUCAAAUAGUGGAGUUUUCAGUGCAUAUUGCAUCAUCUUACAAAUGGACACACUUCCAUGCAACAUACUUGUGAGUUCAAUCAGAAUAUUUUACAAAGUAAUACUAUAACACUACUAUUUGCAGUUUCAGUAUUUCCAUAACUUCUGUGAAAACCUGUUAUUGUACACUCACAAUGAUUACACUGUUGAGUCAAGACCUCUGAGGAAUAGCCUGCUGGAGGUGCUGCAAUAGUUAAGGUUGUACCAAACUCUAACCACAAACAUUCUGGCAAUAAUACUGUAACAUCUUGUGGCAACUAAUGAGGUUUUAUGCACUUAUCCAGUAUCCUUUAUUUCAGAAGCAUCUAAAUUGGAUCACUGACAGUAAGGGUGCAUUGGUACAGUAGGGUGCAAUGAAAUUAACAAGCAUAACAUUCCCAGCUAUUUUUCAUCAGAGUAUACCAUCUCUUUUGAUUUCAUGUAUCAGUGGACCAGCCUUUAUUAGUUUAAUGAAUAACAGCAAUGAAAGUUGUUUGUGAAGUUUGAAAAAAUAAAAGUUACAAGUUA